AUGACACCCCGCCCGCGACUCGGCUCGGCAGUGGCCACGAAUGUCCCUCCGCUCAGUGAAGGCGGUGUCGACAUGUCGGAUCCGAACAGCAUUUCCCAGUUCAUGCUCGAGUGCAAUGAACAAAUACGCCACCACGUGCAAAGUGCUGUGGAAUAUGAGACCAAGCUAAAGCGCUAUGAACUUGAGCUACAGAGCUUGAACAGUGGUGGUGGUGCGAUUGGAGGUCAAGGGGUCAAGGUCAGACUGGUUAUCGGAAAACUCACUCACGACUUACUCAAAACUCAUACACAACUUAUUCACGGUUUCAACUCACUCACAAGAAUGGCAGGCCAAGUAAAGGCUAAGGAUAAGUCUGAUGACUAUCACUUCGAUUCAGAGUCUGAAGCUGAUGAUAUUUUAUUUACAGGAGUUUGUAGAUCCGAACGAGCACGGCAACUUCUCCGUCUUAUCGACCAUCUCGAACAAGCAGACAGUUCAGGACAUGCUGAGGUUAUCAGCAAGUUGAAGGAGAAGAAGGUGCAAAUCGCCUGGAUUCUUGGGUUGUCGAUGGAAACGCCCGAGACCAACAAAGAGGAACGGUGGCUCAAGUCUUGGGACGGGCGUGAGGGCAAUGUUAUUGCGUGGAUCACUAACAACAUCGCAAACUGGAGUGAGACCAUGGGAGAAGGGGAGAAGAAGAGAUUGACAGAUGAGGGCAAUUAUUUGAUGGAGGAGUGUUCUAAAGAUGCUCUCAAGUUGGCAAAAGAGCGUAAGAUGGCUCACCUUGAAGAUGCUACUGAGACGGUUGAUGCGGCAUCUGGUCAAACGACCGAGGUGAACGAUCUUUCGCAGGCUAACAAGGUUUCCAAGCGUCGCACUAUCAAGACUGAACCCUCACAGCCCGUUGCACAGACAGGUCGUCCAGAGCACAUUGCCGGUACUCAUGCAAACUCGAAACGCAAGAAUAAGCCAACGACUUCUCUCAAUCAACAGGAUCAUGAACUCCCACCGACCACAGAAGUCUCCAAGACGAAUGAACCCUGGCAUGUUAGACAGAAACGUCUCGACCCAGUGGGCUAUCGCCGUCUUGAAAGAGCUUGGAAUAGUUUUCGAGACUAUCUCAAACGUCAGAAUAUGCUAAUGUCUUCUCUCAAUCAACAGGAUGACCAACAUUCGCCGCCCUCAAAUUUAACCCACCAAGCUGGGGAACAAAUCACUCAACAACACGUACAUUCAAACCCGGCCCUGGACGACGAUAGGUGGAAGCCCCCAACCCAUUUCGGAGAUUGGUACCACCAGCGCCACGCGAUUCGUCGGCGAGAUGAGCGCAUCGUUCGACAACGGGGAUAUGGCAUAAAGUGGAGUGGUGAGAAGGCUCAUCUAUUUCCGCUGGAUAAGGUAGUGAGACGGGCUGAUGAGGAGAAGGCGAAGACUAUGGGGAAGAAAGUAAGGUGGGAGUUGGAUGGGGCUAAGUUUGAGUGA